UCUUACCCUAAAUUGCAUGUUGUAGUCACGGCUGCGCGCUCGCGUGCCGGUGCUGUGUCCGCGUGCUGCUGGGUGGUGUGUGUGGGAAUAGAUUUGCAUGCGCUGAUGAGGAAAUAAGGCGAAGUGGCUGAGUGUGAAAGCCGCCCGUUGAUGAAGGCGGCAGAAGAUGGAAACUGUGAAAAAAUGGAACAAGGAUUUUAUUGCACUUGACCAGCUGGAGACGAAAAUCCACUCCAAACAAAAUGGCAUGAUCGCCAAGAAUCUUCUGAAUACUCUCAAGAUCUGCAACCAUUUACAGCUCCAGCCCAUUUCUCGUUCAGCAUGUGCUAUCGGCUCCUGUCCGGAUCUGAUGAUGAGUAGGAAUGAGCAGCGUGGGUUUCGGCCAGCUCCCGUGGCACUGACCCCACAGCUGCCUCCCAGGACACACCGACCUCUCUGCCUCUCAGUGUCCUCAGACAGCAAUGGCCGCUUCAAAGCUCUGGAGACACAGGAAUGGAAGAACAACCUCAAAGCUCAGAUGGAGCAGGCCCACAGCGCUGGUGCAGCCAGCAGCACGGGCUCUCUAGAGCGAGCCUCUCUUUUCUGUGCCUCUGGCUCGACCACUGCCUCCAGCUCAGGCCUCUCGAGUCCCGUGGAGCUUCUCGGCAAGAGCAAGUCCUCUAGCCGUUUCUCGCUCUUCUCACCGCCGUGGAACAGCAGCUCUGAGUCUGACUCGAACCCUCCGUCGCGCACCGGUUCCAAGAAAUUGCGCCGCAGAGCAGGACCAGGGGGUGUCAAGACUAGCCCCGAGACACCUGAACCCAAACCGAGCGGCCCGGAACACUUUCACUACUCUGAACCUGUAAUCUCCAAAGUGACAGACUACAUCUACGUUGGGAACGUUAAUGCAGCGUAUAGUGGCCGCAUGCUGUGCCGGAACAACAUCGACAGCAUAAUUGACAUGAGCAGCCUGCCAGGUGAGACAUGCCUCAACCUGAUCCCUUGCACAUGCUCAAGAGGCACCAAGCACAGUUGGUCACGCCUGAAAGUGCACAUGGAGGAGUCACGCGAGCUGGGUGAGGAUGGAGCUGAGCUGCACCAGCGUUGCUUUGAUGCCAUCAAUGAGUGCAUCGAUGCCUCGGCCGGAAAGAGAAAGCGAGUGCUGGUUCACUGCCGUGAUGGCUUCUCACUCGCCCCUACAUGUGUCAUCCAGUACCUCAUGAUCAAGCACAACAUGAGGCUGAUUGCUGCGUAUGAGCUGCUCAGGGCCAAGCACCCAGUCAACAUCCGCGAGUGCCACCAGAAUGCUUUAGUGAGUCUGGAGAGGACGCUUCGACCUGGUGGAAACACCGACCCUGAAUGCUUCAAACAGGCCAUCUCACGCAAGAUAGCUUGGACUUAAACAUACCACCAUGCAUUCUUUUCAGCCUCAUACUGAUUUAUCUGGAACACUUCUAGGACUGGCAGCUUGGGGCUAAUUACUAACCCUACUGAUUAUUCAAAUAAAAACAACAACAAAAAAAACUUCUUCCAGAAUAAAUCUGAGAUGGAAAAACUCAAGGUCAAGUACUGUAUAGCUGCUAAUCAAGAAAGCUGGAGUGAAAAUGUGUCCGCUCUGGUGUUAAGACUAUGGUGCUGAAGUCUUGUGAAUAUGAGGGUUGCAGCCAUAGUGUUGUUACAUUUUUCUUUCAGGACAGCAUGACGGGAAAUCUCAGGAGACCCAGUGAUGUCAAAUCAUGUCUACUGGAUGGGGAGUGUAAAGCUUCUCCAAAUGGACUACCUUUGAAUAGUGGUUAAGCAUCGGUCUAGUGCCAUGUUUCCCAACUCAAUCCUUAGGAACCUCCAGACUGUCCACAUUUAGGCUCUCUCUUAACACAACAAACACAAAUCGAGCAGAACACUCAAUACCUGGCAGCUGUGUUGGGAGAGAGCAAAAGCGUGGACGGUCUGGGAGGGUUGGGAGACAUUGAUCUAGCGUCAAGUCUUUAACUGCUGCCAUUGUAAAAAAUAAACCUACAUUGAAUCUGAAUCGUUUUUGGUAAUCCAUUAAUUUUUCAGAAUCAGUGGACAUUCUUAAUGUUUUGUAGGUACAAAUUUUCCUCCAUGAGGAAUCUGGUCACAACCUUUUCCCAGACAUGUGAUUAUCACCAACUUCUCAGAGUUGAGUGCAAAAGUUUGCCUACCCUUAUCACAGUAAAUAAAGAAGUUUCCACUGUUUUUCCUCCAUUACCACUAGUAACAAAAAUAGUCACUGUUAAGAUUCUAAUGUUCAGAAAGUGAAAUAUUUUAAAAAUAGCUCGUUCACCUUUCUGACCUAUUUGCAUGAUCUUCAAGCAAAUUUUGGAUCGUUUUAUUUGUAAUAUUCCUGCCGGUCUUGGCCCAUUCUUGGUCAAUCUUGGCCCUUUCACUCCCUCCAGGAUUUUGUGAUCGCAGAAAUUAACGCAAAAUCAAGUAAACUCCGCAAUAAUCAGAGGAGCUUGCAGUUUUUCAAAAUUAACGCAGAUUUGGGCCAAGGCGCAUCAUGUGACGUCAUCACAACGUGCAUUCAGCCAAACCCAUCUUUGAUUCACGUGCGUUGAACGUGAGCUAAAAGGUCUCAUUUCAUCACUGAAAGACCGUGCAAAACAAUUUUGGCAAUUGCAGUUUCACCAAUUAAUGUAGUUUUCCACAAAAAAGCACAGAAACUCCACAUCUUGCAUCACAAAUUUUGAAGAAGGAAAACAAAAGCCAGAGCAAAAUCAAACAUUUUUGGCUGUGACGAUCACAAAAAAAAACUGCGAAAUCCUGUACGGACUGCUUUUUUUUUUUUUUUUUUUUUUUUUUUUUUUUAAAACACAUCUCUGCUAAAAUGCUAUCAGAUAUAAUAGACCGCAUACUUCUAAUCAGAUCUGGAACCUGAUAGAGUCUUCCUUUUGGUUCUUAUGAAACCCAUGUAACGCAGAUACAGUAUGAAAAAGUGGUACAUUUACCCUUUUUCAUCCCAGAACUUUUGCACCCAACUGGAGCGUUGGUGCUUGGGAAGUGAGAUGUAUUGUGUCUGUAGUGAAACUGAUACCAACUAGUGUGUAUCUUUGGGUUGUCAGCAUUACUAGUGUGGAUUUGACUGAAUUGUGAAGCAGUGAAUUACUACAAAGACUUUUUUAUUGCACUAACUAGACGUUGUAAAGAAACUGCACAGGUGAAAUGUUCUUUAACUGACUUGCCACUCCUUUUAGUUCUUCAUUGCUCAGCAAAGGUAGACCUUUCCUAUUUUUAGAUGAAUAUGAUGCACAUGCUUCCUGUGUACUGAUUAUUAAUUGAUGCUAGAUUGCUGUUGUGUUUUAAUUCACCAUGUAGGAAGUACUAUCCAACCUCUUGUGUGGAAUUGCUUAUGCUUGUGUACAGUAAUUAUUAUAUUUUAAUAUUUUAGUGAGCAGUGUGCUGAGGUGGUGCGUUCCUGAGUUUUUGGUGCCUUUGAACUUGUCUUGCGUGAUUGUAUUGUGAGACUCACACUAUGUAUGCAGUUGUCAGGCACUGACAAUGUUUUUAUACUCUGGAAUCUUCUGUAUAAUGCCUAAUCCUUGUCCUGCUGGCGAGUACUGCAUUGUGGUGUGCGGCAGGACACAGCUCAGUUCAGUAACGUGAAGGUUUUGUUGCAGUGGUCAUUCUGUGAGCAAUGGCAGUAUUUUCAACCCUUGUGGUGGUAACUAGUGCAUCUCUGUCUGACUGAUCGUAACUUCUCCCCACUGCUAUGCUUCUCUCCUAAAAACAUUAUCCACAGUCUAAUCUAUAUUUGGCCUAACUACAGUACACUGCUUUCUUUUGUUGUAUAUUUCUAACAGUUUGACUUGAUCUCAGGUGAAAUCUAUUGACCUAAACUAUAAUAUUCUCUGUUUAAACUAGAAAACAGAACAAUGUGGCAAUGUAUUUUCUGUAUUAUGUUUUUAAAGUCUUAUGCAUUUGUAUAUAUAGAUAUUAAAGAAAACAAUCAAUU